AUUGGGUGGCGGUUAGCGGAGGCGCAACCUCUCCCUCAGCUGGAGCUGCGAGGUUUCCUGGGUCUGUGUUUCGGCGCCUGCAGGGACACGUCCGCAGACUUCUGGGUACCAGACUCCAACGACUGAACCCCCGCUGCUCCGUGAGCGCUCACGUCCUCUUUCCCCGUCUCAGCCGCUGAGCCGGCUGCUCGGUCCUUCGUUCGACGCAGCCUUCACCCCGGCGCCAUGGCUCCCAAGAAGGGCAGCAGCCGGGGCGCCAGAGCUAACGCGCUGCGGAGCCGCAAGCUCGCCUCCUUCCUUAAGGACUUCGACCGCGAGGUGCAAAUUCGAAUCAAUCAAAUCGAGUCCGACAGACAGAACCUCCUCAAGGAGGUGGAGAACCUAUACAACAUCGAGAUCCUUCGGCUCCCCAAGGCGCUGCGCGAGAUGAAUUGGCUUGACUACUUUGCCCUUGGAGGGAACAAACAGGCCCUGGAAGAGGCAGCAACGGCUGAUGUAGACAUCACAGAAAUAAACAAGUUAACAGCUGAAGCUAUUCAGACACCUUUGAAAUCUGUCAAAAAGCGGAAGGUGGUCCAGGUGGAUGAAGUGAUAAUGGAGGAGGAAGAAGAAGAAAAGAAUCCUAAGAAUCUUCGAUCUACUAGAGUCAAAAGAUGCCCUCCAUCCAAGAAGAGAACCCAGUCCAUACAAGGAAGAAGCAGGAGCAAAAGGUUAAGCCAUGAUUUUGUGACACCAGCUGUGAGCAGGCUGGAGCCGUCUAUGGUGAAACCAACCCCAGGCGUGACACCUAGGUUUGAUUCCAGGGUUUUCAAGACCCCAGGCCUGCGCACUCCAGCAGCCAGAGAGCAGAUUUACAACGUCUCGAUCAAUGGCAGCCCCCUUGCUGACAGCAAAGAGAUCUCCCUCACUGUGCCUGUGGGUGGUGGUGCGAGCUUGCGGCUAUUGGCCAGUGACUUGCAGAGGUUUGAUAUUGCUCAGCUGAAUCCAGAGACCCUAGGAAACAUUAAGAAACUCUCGAACCGCCUUGCCCAGAUCUGCAGCAGCAUACGGACUGGUAAAUGAGAAGAUGGCCGAGCAGCACAGGUGGCAGCAGGAACUGUGGAGUGUGACCACAGAACACGCACAUCUGUCCUCUUCCCUCACCCUGGGGGUGCUGGAUGUAGAGUUUCAGCUGUUGACACGGGGAGUGGUGCUUUCUGUCUAUCUCUGUUUAUCAAAGACCUCGUGUUGGUUUGACAGCUCCGGUGUCUUGCUGCAUACCUCUAGUCAUUUGGAUAGGGAACACAGGCCUAGUCGAGGGCUUUGUGUGCCUGGUGCAGGUGACUAUGAGCUGUCUGUGGUUCAUGGUCCCACCAGAUCUGUAGACUGCUUGGAGCAUUGUCCUGAAGGACUUACCAGUAGAGCACAGGGAGGCUAUACAAAGAGCACAGGUCCUGUGCUCCCUACAGGCGUGAGUGCACGGCUCUCCCUGUUAGUCUUGUUAUUUCAGUCUUCUAUAGGUGCAGCUGUUUCAGGGGGUUUCUACUGCUGAGGUUUUCAUCCCUGUUAUCUUCUGAACAGUGGCAUUUCAGCUGAGUUGUCCUACUGAAAGAUUGUUGUUUCCAAUAAAUCUUGGUUUGCUUUGGUUUUUAAAUCAGUA